UUUUAUCAAUUGCUUCAAAGCAAAUUCAUGAAUUUUGUUUUUUCAUUUUUUCAAAACUACAUUUCUCUCAGAUCUGUUUCUAGAAAUUUCUAUUCAAUUUUUUAGGUUGAAAUUGAUUGGUUUACGGUUCCUUUCAACUUUGCUGGAUUUACACGUGAUAUGCACGUGAUUUUGCCGCUUUGAUUUCGACGUUUUCCCUCUCAAAUUGAGUAAUAGAUUUUGAAAAAUUGGCUCCGCAACGCCGAUCACAGCGCCAUAUGGGCGGCCAAAUGCAGCAGAGCAAUGCGGCAGCGGGUACUGCUCUAUACGAUCAUCCUCCGGGCAAUGCGAGCCCCACUGGUGAUGCGGGAGAUGCUGUCAUGGCGCGAUGGCUUCAGUCUGCCGGGUUGCAGCAUUUGGCCACUACCGGUGUCGAUCAACGUCUGCUUCCGAACCUACUUAUGCAGGGAUAUGGAGCACAGUCUAUGGAAGAAAAACAGAGGCUUUUCAAAUUGAUGAGAAACCUCAACCUAAAUGGCGAAUUUGCUUCUGAUCCAUAUACUCCAACAGCCCAAAGUCCAGGAGGGUUUGGAGCAUCGGAUGGCUUUUAUUCUCCUGAGUUCAGAGGAGACUUCGGAGCUGGGCUGUUGGAUCUUCAUUCCAUGGAUGACACGGAGCUUUUAACUGAGCAUGUAAUUUCAGAACCCUUCGAGGUGUCACCUUUCAUGUCGGGGGUAAAUAAAGCAUUUGAUAGUGACAACGAUCAACAGCAAAAAGCACAACCAGAGACGGAUGCUGCAGCUGGAUUAUCCACAAUUGAAAAAGAAAAUAAUGCAAGAGAAAACAAUGUGGCGAAGAUUAAAGUAGUGGUGCGUAAGAGACCUUUAAACAGGAAGGAAGUUGCUCGGAAAGAGGAUGACGUUGUCACUGUAUCUGACAAUGCUUUCCUCACAGUCCAUGAACCCAAACUUAAGGUGGACUUGACUGCUUAUGUUGAGAAGCAUGAGUUCUGUUUUGACGCUGUUCUAGAUGAGCAUGUUACAAAUGAUCAGGUUUAUCGAGCCACCGUGGAACCAAUUAUCCCAACCAUCUUUCAGCGCACAAAAGCUACAUGCUUCGCUUAUGGCCAGACAGGGAGCGGUAAGACAUACACGAUGCAACCAUUGCCUCUUAGAGCUGCAGAGGAUCUUGUUAGAUUGUUGCAUCAGCCAAUUUAUCGUAAUCAGAAGUUCAAGCUGUGGCUCAGCUUUUUUGAAAUAUAUGGUGGAAAACUGUUCGAUCUUCUUGGUGAUCGGAGGAAACUUUGUAUGAGGGAAGACGGGCGGCAACAGGUUUGCAUUGUUGGACUCCAGGAAUUUGAAGUUUCAGAUGUGCAGAUUGUAAAAGAGUAUAUUGAGAGGGGAAAUGCUGCAAGAAGUACUGGAUCAACUGGUGCAAAUGAGGAAUCGUCAAGAUCACAUGCGAUAUUGCAGCUUGUUGUCAAGAAACAUAAUGAGGUCAAGGAAUCUAGAAGAAAUAAUGAAGGAAAUGAGUCCAAGGGUGGGAAAGUUGUCGGCAAGAUUUCUUUUAUUGAUCUUGCUGGUAGUGAGAGAGGUGCAGACACAACUGAUAAUGACCGACAAACAAGGAUUGAAGGAGCAGAAAUUAACAAGAGUUUGUUGGCUCUUAAAGAGUGUAUCCGUGCUCUCGACAAUGACCAGAUUCAUAUUCCAUUCCGUGGCAGCAAACUUACUGAGGUGCUUCGUGACUCCUUUGUCGGAAACUCAAGAACUGUUAUGAUUUCCUGCAUUUCUCCUAAUGCAGGAUCAUGUGAACAUACACUCAAUACAUUGAGAUAUGCUGACAGGGUAAAAAGUCUAUCCAAAAGUGGUAACGCAAAGAAAGAUCAGAGUGCAAUUUUAAUACCCCCUACAUUCAAGGAAAUGUACUCAGUGCCAACUUCGGCUGUUUCUGCUGGAGCAAGAGAUGCUUAUGAGCAACCUCAAGAGUCUAUACUAUCAGAAGUAAGCAGAAGGACAGGUUUUGAUAAACAACCCUCUAGUGUUGGUUCAAAUCUUACCGUCACUGGUUGGGAGGAAAGUGGGGCAAAUUCUGGUGGUAUGGACAGGGACAGGGACAGGUUUGAGGUGAAGAAUGCCUAUGGUAUUUCAGCUGGUCAAAAACUGUAUUCUACAACCAGCUUGCAAAGUUCUGAUGUAGAAGAAAAGGUGCCGAAAGUGUCGCCACCUGGGAGGAAAGUAUAUAGGGAUGAGAAACCUGAAAAGCUAGAACGGCCAGGAAAUUGGUCAAGAAAAGAUUUCUUAAGCGCUGAUUCAUCUUCUACAAGUUAUAGACAACAACCUACGAGUAUCCCCACAAAAAGUAAUGGAUCAAGACAAAAUGAAGCUUCUUCACCCCCUCGUGAUGAAAAUAUCAAUGAAAUACUAGAGGAAGAAGAGGCCCUAAUAGCUGCCCAUAGGAAAGAAAUUGUAGAUACAAUGGAGAUUGUUAGUGAAGAAAUGAAACUGUUGGCAGAAGUUGAUCAACCUGGAAGUCGCAUUGACAAUUAUGUGACACAGCUAAGCUUUGUGCUAUCUCGCAAAGCAGCAAGUCUGGUCAGCCUUCAGGCUCGCCUUGCAAGGUUCCAGCAUCGACUGAAAGAGCAGGAAAUACUGAGUAGAAAGAGGGUACCGCGUUAGGCAUGAAUCUUUACAACAUAUGUGGCAUCAAUUUACUUGUAUUUACUCUCCCCUUUGUAAUCCCUGCAAGAUAGGUUAAUUCUCUCUUCCAUAAAAUUGUUGUAAACAAAUGAUAAAUCAGGUGAAGAAUCACUGUGCAGAUUUUUUACUAAAUAGAAGAAAGAAAACAGUGUUGUCCUCUCAUGAGCUUGAACCUGCUGAAACUACCAGAUGUUAAUGUUUACUCUCGUAUUCUCCGUGCUCCUCUAGAUAUGAGUACUCAGAAGAAGCAAGAAAGGCAUCGCAGAACUUGUAAAUUCACUAUGAUCAUAAUUAUACGGACUUCUGAAGAUUGAUCGGUCCAAUUUAUAGGGAUCAGGGAUGUAUUUCCUACGUAUUAGAUGUUUGAUUACAUCUGAAAAAACUUCUAAGAUUA